AGUCGUCCAAAUCGGACUGCGGACUUAAGUCACCUGACAAUUUGUCAGCUACGAGGAUGAUGUAAUGAGCCAUUCACACUCAGUUUCACCCCUAAGAGCCAUCUUUUUCACAACAAGUAUAUAUAGAACACUGAUACCCCGUCUUGUUGAAUCCAAAAAGCAUCAUCAAUUGAAUUGAGUCAAAAAAACAUCCAGAAACAUUCCAUUCCAACCGAAGCCCCUUUCUCCAACCAACCAUCCCGAGCUAAAAACGCACCAACCACAAUGUCGAAAAUCGGCGUCUUCCCCGCCGCCGGUGGCCUGGGAUCCAGCAUCGUCAACCACCUGGCCAAAAUUGUCCCCGCGUCGCAAUUGAUUCUCAUCGCUCGCAAACCGGAAAAUCUGAACGAGUUCAAGCAACAAGGAGCCACGGUUCGACGGGCCGAUUAUGAAGACCCUUCUUCCCUGGAGGGCGUGUUCGAUGGGGUGGACGUGUUGAUGCUCAUUUCGUAUGCGUCGUUCGAGAUUGACUUCCGCGUGAAGGUCCAACGACAAGCCAUCGACCUCGCGCUGCGCAGCGGCGUCCGACACAUCUUCUACUCGUCGCUGGGCUUCGGCGGCGAUCUAGAAGACCACAGCGUGGCGCACGUGAUGGGCGCCCACCUCGCCACGGAGAAGUACCUGAGCGAGCUGCAGGCGCGGGACAGCAGCGCCUUCACGUACACGUCCAUCCGCGAGGGGCUCUACUCGGAGUCGUUCCCCAUCUACACCUCGUGGUUCGACCCCGCCGAUCCCGUCAGCGAGAUCACCAUCCCGCAUGACGGGUCCGGGCCCGGCGUCGCGUGGGUGAAGCGCGACGAGCUGGGCGAGGCCACCGCGAAGCUCAUCGCCUCGUAUGCGACCGACCCCGCGGCCUUCCCGCACCUGAACAAGAACCUCCUGCUCUCGGGUCCGUUGGAGCUGUCGCUCAACGAGACCGCCGACGUGCUGGCGAAGGCGGUGGGCCGGCCCGUGCGGAUCCGUGAGAUCUCCGUCGACGAGUACGUGAAGCUGCCGCAACAUGGGGAUAAGCACACCUAUCACGGCGUUGAUCUCGCGCGGGAGUGGGCGACCGCGUGGGAGGCCAUUCGUCGAGGCGAGGCGGCCGUCGUGUCGCCGCUGCUCAAGGAGAUUCUGGGCCGGGAGCCCGAGAGCUUCGAGAAGACGGUGAGCGACUUGACGCGGUAGUUGGUGUUGGUGGUUUGGGAGGGGAUGGGUACACACACCUAUGGUGGGGGGGUUGGAGGGGCAAGUUGAGGGUAUUCACGGCGUCAUUUAACUUUUAAUAAAUUAAUUUCCUCAAUCCCCCAGCGUUGCUGGUCGCUGUACA